AUGGCCCACCAAGCACACGCAUACCACAUAGUCGACCCUAGCCCUUGACCCCUCACAGGUGCAGUAGCUGCCCUACUGAUAACAUCCGGUCUUGCAAUCUGAUUCCACUUCCACUCAACAACCCUAAUAGGUCUUGGAAUAGCCCUCCUGCUUUUAACGAUAUACCAAUGAUGACGAGACAUUAUUCGAGAAGGUACAUUCCAGGGUCACCAUACACCUCCAGUGCAAAAAGGACUCCGUUACGGAAUAAUCCUCUUUAUUACCUCAGAAGUCUUCUUUUUUCUUGGCUUCUUCUGAGCAUUCUACCACUCAAGCCUAGCGCCUACCCCUGAACUGGGUGGCUGCUGACCCCCUACUGGUAUUACCCCACUAGACCCCUUCGAAGUCCCCCUGCUUAACACUGCCGUCCUGCUCGCCUCGGGGGUUACAGUCACUUGAGCCCACCACAGUAUCAUAGAAGGAGAACGAAAACAGGCUAUUCAGUCCCUUGCACUAACAAUCCUGUUAGGCUUUUAUUUUACCUUCCUUCAAGCUAUAGAAUACUACGAAGCUCCCUUUACCAUUGCAGACGGUGUCUACGGCGCUACAUUUUUCGUAGCCACUGGUUUCCACGGCCUUCAUGUUAUUAUUGGCUCAACAUUUUUAGCCAUUUGCCUUCUCCGCCAAAUUCAAUACCAUUUUACAUCUGAACACCACUUCGGAUUUGAAGCAGCCGCCUGAUACUGGCACUUUGUAGACGUGGUCUGACUCUUCCUUUAUAUCUCUAUCUACUGAUGAGGUUCUUA